CACAGCAGCGGCAGCACAAAACCAAAAUAAAAAGAGACCAUUCAUAAAAUUACCACUUUACCACUCUCCUCCAGCAAUCAGUCAAAAGAGAAAACAAAAUUCAGAAAAUCGCCCCCCCUCAAAAAAAAAAAAAAAAAAAGGAAACCUCACUACAUAGUGUUUUUUUCCCUAUUUCUGAAUUCCCGAAAUUAGAUCAAAACCCUAAUCCUUCAAAUUCUUACCAUAUUAAUCCAAAUCAUAUCUCUCUUUGAACUUCUUCCGUAUCAAUUCACAUAUGUGCCGAUAAUUGCUAUCGGUCUUUGUUUAUUUCUCGCGGCAUCGAUAUAUAAUUUGAUAGGUAUUUUGGGAGGAUAACGUACCGUAAAAUUUGCUUGUAAUCUAAUGGCGUGUAUAAAAGGGGUGAACAGAUCGGCGCAAGUGGCAAUGGCGCCGGACGCUCCCUACAUGGCAGCGGGGACAAUGGCUGGGGCGGUGGAUAUGUCCUUUAGCUCAUCCGCGAAUCUCGAGAUAUUCAAGUUUGAUUUCCAGAGUGGUGAUCGCGAGCUUCCUUUGGUAGGCGAGUGCCCCAGCUCUGAGCGAUUUAACCGCCUCGCUUGGGGCAAGAACGGAUCUGGUUCCGAUGAAUUUUCACUCGGGCUCAUUGCUGGUGGCCUCGUUGAUGGCAAUAUCGAUCUUUGGAACCCCUCAAACCUGAUACGCUCUAUGUCAAGUGAACAAGCUAUUGUUGGACGUCUUUCUAGACACAAAGGACCUGUUCGUGGUCUCGAGUUCAAUGCCAUUGCUCCAAACUUACUAGCAUCUGGGGCUGAGGACGGUGAAAUCUGCAUCUGGGAUUUGUCAGCACCUGCACAACCGUCUCAUUUUCCGCCUCUUAAGGGUAGUGGUUCUGCUGCUCAAGGUGAAAUCUCAUAUCUGUCCUGGAAUAGUAAGGUCCAACAUAUACUAGCCUCAACUUCUCAUAAUGGGACAACUGUUGUUUGGGACUUGAAGAAGCAAAAGCCAGUGAUAAGUUUUGCAGAUUCAGUUAGAAGGCGGUGUUCUGUUUUGCAGUGGCAUCCUGAUGUUGCCACCCAACUUGUUGUUGCCUCAGAUGAAGAUGGUUCACCCAUAUUAAGGCUUUGGGAUAUGCGGAACAUAAUGUCACCGGUGAAGGAGUUUGUAGGGCACACAAAAGGUGUAAUUGCAAUGGCAUGGUGUCCCUCUGACAGCUCUUAUUUGCUCACAUGUGCCAAAGAUAAUCGAACUAUUUGUUGGGAUACAGUGACUGGAGAGAUUGUCUGUGAAUUGCCUGCCGGUACCAACUGGAACUUUGAUGUGCACUGGUAUACAAAGAUUCCUGGAGUAAUAUCAGCGUCUUCCUUUGAUGGCAAGAUUGGCAUUUACAAUAUUGAGGGUUGCAGCCGAUACGGUGUUGGGGAGGGCGAUUUUGGUGCAGUGUCUUUGAGAGCACCAAAAUGGUAUAAACGUCCUGUUGGGGUAUCUUUUGGAUUUGGAGGAAAAGUUGUCUCAUUUCGCCCUCAGAUUCAUGGUGUAGGUACUUCUCCGUCAUCAGAGGUUUUUGUGCACAACUUAGUUGCUGAAGAAAGUCUGGUCAGUCGUUCAUCUGAAUUUGAAUCUGCGAUCCAAAAUGGGGAGAGGUCUUCUCUAAGGGUUCUAUGUGAAAAGAAAUCUCAAGAGUCUGAAUCUCAGCAUGAUAGAGAAACGUGGGGAUUCUUAAAGGUGAUGUUUGAAGAUGACGGGACAGCUAGGACAAAGUUGCUCAUGCAUCUUGGUUUUAGCCCACCUGCAGAAGAAAAAGAUACUGUACAAAAUGACCUCUCUCAGAGUGUGACUGAUAUUACCCUUGAGGAAAAAGUGAGCUAUGAGAAAGAAGCUACCCCCUUUGCUGCUGAUAAUGGGGAGGAUUUCUUCAACAAUCUUCCAAGUCCCAAGGCUGAUACACCAGUUGCAACUUCUGAAAAUAAUUUUCAUGUUGAGAGCGCAGUUCCUAGCACGGAUCUAACACCUCAAGAAUCUGAUGGGCUGGAGGAAAGUGCAGAUCCAUCAUUUGAUGAUGCUGUUCUACGUGCUUUGGUGGUGGGUGACUAUAAGGGAGCAGUUGCACAAUGCAUUGCAGCCAAUAAGAUGGCUGAUGCAUUAGUUAUUGCUCAUGUUGGUGGUACUUCCUUAUGGGAGAGCACAUGUGAUCAGUAUCUUAAGAUGAGCCAUUCACCACACCUGAAGGUUGUCUCUGCAAUGGUGAACAAUGAUCUCAUGAGUCUUGUCAAUAGAAGGCCUUUGAAACUAUGGAAAGAAACACUUGCACUCCUCUGUACAUUUGCCCAAAGAGAGGAAUGGACAGUACUCUGUGAUAUGCUUGCUUCCAAACUAAUGGCUUCUGGUAAUACUCUGGCAGCAACUCUCUGUUAUAUAUGCGCAGGAAAUAUUGAUAAAACAGUAGAGAUUUGGUCAAGGUGCCUGACAACCGAACAUGACGGGAAAUCUUAUGUUGAUCUUCUCCAGGAUUUGAUGGAAAAGACCAUUGUCCUCGCUUUGGCAACUGGCCAGAAGCAAUAUAGUGCAUCUCUCUGCAAGCUUGUUGAGAAAUAUGCUGAAAUAUUGGCUAGUCAAGGGCUUCUAAUUACAGCCAUGGAGUACUUGAAGCUUUUGGGGUCUGAUGAGCUGUCACCUGAACUUGUUAUCUUAAAAGAUCGUAUUGCACUUUCAACAGAACCUGAGAAAGAAACUACAUCUACGGCUUUCGAAAACUCUCAUCUAGCAAGUGGAUCAGUCUUUGAACCUAUGCAACAAAUAUAUCCGGAGUCUACUACAUCACAAAUUCAGCCAAGUGUUCCUAGUAGUGCUUACGAUGAAAAUUAUCAGCGUUCUUUCUCCCAAUAUGGAGGAUAUGUACCUCCUCCCUCGUAUCGACCUCAACCACCAGCACCUGCAAAUACUUUUGUGCCAACCCAGUCUCCUCAUGUUUCCCAGGGAAAUUUCGCUCCUUCACCUGGCACCACUCAGCCUGUUGUUAGACCCUUUGUUCCUUCAAACCCUCCUGGUCUAAGAAAUGCAGAUCAAUAUCAGCAGCCAGCUGCCUUGGGUUCUCAAUUAUAUCCUGGUGCUGCUAACCCUACUUAUCCUGUUCCCCAAGGAACUGGUUCUCCUGCACCCGUCCCAUUGCAAAUGGGAUCAGUUCCUGGCCCCAAAGUGCCCCAUUUUGUAGCUCCUACCCCAACACCUAGAGGAUUUAUGCCAGUGACCGACACACCUGUUGUUCAAAGACCUGGCAUGAGUCCUGUGCAAUCUACUAGCCUUACGCAGUCAGCAUCAAUACAACUAGCUGCAGCACCUGCUGCACCCCCACCAACUGUGCAGACUGCUGACACUUCAAAUGUACCUGCCCACCAGAAACCUGUAAUCACAACUUUAACUAGACUUUUCAAUGAGACCUCUCAAGCACUGGGAGGACCACGUGCGAACCCAGCCAAGAAGCGUGAAAUAGAAGACAAUUCAAAGAAAAUAGGUGCCUUAUUUGCCAAACUCAACAGUGGAGACAUUUCAAAAAAUGCUUCUGAUAAGCUUAUUCAGCUCUGCCAGGCGUUGGACAAUAAUGAUUUUGGGACAGCUCUACAUAUCCAGGUUCUUCUUACUACCAAUGAGUGGGACGAAUGCAACUUUUGGCUUGCAACUCUGAAACGGAUGAUUAAGACAAGGCAGAAUGUAAGAUAAGUGAUAAAGAUGGCAAAAACUGUCCGAGGAUGUGUUCAUUUUUGCUUGUGUACAUUUGGGGCAAUGAUAAAAGCCCUUGGAUGUAGACAAAGAAUAGCUUCUCUUGAUUGCUGCUGCAGAAUAUAUAGAUUGGUUCUUUUGAUCCCAUUGCAUAAACGCCCCUCCUGGAUUUGGUAGAUAUUGACUUUUGCCUUUACACAUUAAUACUCCUUUUGAAAGCAAAGCAGUUACUGGAAAUAGUUUUCAGGACACUAUGUUUGACUGUUUUUUUCAUCGAGUAGAGUUGACUCUUUUAGUUCA